AUGCCUCGCCGCGCCGCCCUGGAGCCCAAACCCCGCAAGCCGCAGUACUCUCCGGAGAAGCGCGCCCGCAUCGCGGUGCUCUCGGAGCUCGGCAUGUCCCUGAAGGAGAUCUCGCUCAAGGAGGAGGUCCCCGUCUCCUCCAUCAAGGGCAUCGUCACGCGCUACCGCCUCCAGCAGGCCGGUCGCGACCGCCCGCGCCCGGGCCGCCCCCGCAUCCUGUCCGACAGGGACGUCAAGAACCUCCUGCGCGUCCUCAAGGAGAAGCCCGCCGUGUCCUACGCCGAGCUCAAGCGCGAGGCCGGCGUCACCUGCGCGACCAAAACGCUCGUGCGGUAUCUCCAGAUGGAGGGUAUCAAGCCCAACAAGCCGCCCCCAGGCGACUCUGAGGAGGAGGCCUCGCGGAUGCGCGUCUUGGCGGACGAGGCUGAGAACGAAGACGAGUGA